AUGGCGUUGCCGACGUCGACGAACCACUUCACGCGGGCGAUGGAGCUGACGCACACGUACGCCCCCAACGUGACGCAGCAGGAGCGGCUGGAGGCGGAGCAGUACCUCAUGGCCCUGCGCGCCACCGCGGACGGCCUGAAUUUGUCUUUUCACAUCAUCAGCAACGAGCCGGUGCACGACCUCCGCUGCUUUUGGGCCUUCAACACCAUCAUGCACCACCUGCCGCGCCUCGCCUGCACCAUCGACGACGCCCAGGCGGAGGAGCUCUACCGCACCCUCUUCUCCUUCAUCUACCGCUACCUGUUUUCCUCCUCCGCCGCGCAGCGGCCGCCGAUGGACUUCCUCGCCAACAAGCACGCACAGAUGAUGGUGGUGGGGCUGCAGGAAUUUUUUCCAUCUCGCUGGACCUCGUUCUUCGACGACGCCUUGGAGCUCCUCGCUCGCCGUGGCACCCUGCCGCACGCGAGCGACGCGGUGACGGUGUACGUGCUGCGGCUAUUUGAGUACAUCGACGAGCGCGUCGUGUCGGUGCGGGCGCAGGCGGACCGGUGCCGCGAGCUGCGGGCGCGGGAUAUGGAGCUGAAGGACGCGAUGCGUGAGCACGUCAUGCCGCGCGUGGUUGCGACGUGGUACGCCAUUCUGUGCGACUGCCGCAUUCGGGCCCCGGAGAUCGCCAAUGUUUGCUUGACGGUUGCGCAGACGUACAUUGAGUGGGUGGACUUCUCCCUCUUCCUCACCGCCGAGUGGAUCAACCUGCUGUACUUCCUCGUCACGGCCCCCGCCGUGCGGGGCGCCGCCUGCGAGUGCCUCUUUAGCCUCGUGGAGAAGAAGCAACUGCCGGUGGUCAAGCUGAGCUCGCUGUGCACGCUCAACAUCGUUGACGCCCUGCCGCGCAUCAUUAGCCUGCUGCAGGUGCCCCCAGAGACGGAGGAGGAUGUGAGUUUUCUCGAGGUCGUCUCACGGCUGACGCGGGCGGUCGCGGAGCAGUUUUUGGGCCUCUUUGAACACGUCUCCGCCGUCGCUGCUGCUGCUGCAGAGAAGGGGGGUGGCGGCAUCAACGGCGGCAAGGACGAGACGCCGCCGCCGCCGACCUCCGAUGGGGCGCUGUCAAGGGACUGCCUCGACAGCGUACGUGUGGCACUGGACACAAUUCUGACGCAGCUGCUGCGCUUGCUGAGCAUCAACCACACUGACGUCAGCAGCGUCCUCUUGCCGUUUGUGCAGAGCUACAUCAAGUCCCCUGCGCUGCGGGAGGCGCAGGCGGCGGAGAUCCUGCUCAGGCUGUACGACCACAGCCUCAUCCAAGGGCUGGCGGAGGAGGAGGAGCAAAUGUGGCAGGACGACGUUAUCGACCAACGCAAGCAGAUACAUAACCUCAUCCGUCUCCUCUUCCGGCGCCACCCAGACACCGUACUGCAGCAUUUGCAGGCGUGUAUUGGGCAGGCCGCGGCGGCGGCGGCGACGACGACGACGACGACUGCCCCAGGCGGGGAGCAGGGUUUUGGCGGCACACAAAACGGCCGUGGCGCUGACGACUACCGGGGCAACUCUCAGCGCGGCGAGCACGACUCCUGCGGGGGCGAGUGUGCGGCGAGCAGCUCAAGUACCGAGGGGAUUGAAGCCGCACUGCGCUACUUGUAUGAACUUGGGGAGUCGGUGCGCAUGGAAAAGCUGCGAGACGCUGACAACGAGUUUUCCCAGCUCGUUUGCGUCGUCUUGGCCUCUGAAAGCAUUGCCCAUUGCCCGUGCGCCGUGGUCCACCUCAGCUACUUUGAGGUGCUGGACCGCUACUACGCCUUCUUCAUCUACCACAAGGAAUGGAUUCCGCUGCUGCUCCAGCGCCUUCUGCUGCUGCCGCACGGCGUCACCAAUCGCCACCCCCGCGUCCGCGCCCGGGUCUGCUACCUCUUUGGGCAUCUUGUGCAGCUUCUGAAGACCAACCUGCUGCCACACAAGGAGGCCAUCGUCAACGCCAUGCAGAAUAUAUUUUCCUCCACUGUGCUACAGCCGAACGACCGCCGCGAGUUGUACGAGGCCACUGGAAACGUGUUGAGCAUCCGCCCGCCCACAUUGGCGGGGACCGUGGAUGAGGAUGCGAUGCUUGUGCGCCUCAUAGAAAUGAUGCUGCAAAGUUUGCGUGAUGCGGCGUCCCCUGCCUCCUCCCGUCACGUGGGACUCGGGGAGGCCGCAUGCUCCGAGGCGGUGGCCGACAGCAUUUCCUUUUUAACCGCGUUGGCCAAAGGUCUCCGGACCAGCAGUGGUAGCAGCAGCAGCAGCAGCAGCGGCGGCGGCGGCGGCAGUGGUGGUGGUGGUGGUGGAGUUGGCGGGGAUACGGCGGGCCAGAACGGGGACAGCAGCGUGGCGGCCGUGGAUGCGGGGAUGGUAAAGAUAUUUCAUAACACGACACACGAGGUGAUGAACGCGCUGAGUGCGUGGCACGCAUCCGCGGCAGUUCGGGACCGGGCGGCGCAGUACUUCACCCAAAUGGUACACAUACUACCGUUUGAGCUCAUGGAGGCCUACUUCACGGUGUACGCGACGAACUGGCUGACGUGGAUGGAGGCCGUGCCAGAGCUGACGAAGCUGCUGCGGUUGCUCUUUCAGUUUGUCCACCGCAGCGGCGUCCACGCCAAGGCUCUGCUCGCCCGCACUCUGCCACUCGUGCUUAACAAGGCGGCGGUGGUGGGGGGGCUGACGAUGUCGCCCGCGGAGAUGGGGGUUGUGUCGGAGAGCACCCGGGAGAAGCGUGAGGUGUACCGGCAGCUGUUUGCCCUCGUCCAGGGGGCGGCGCAGGCGGGCUGCGUCUCCGUCGUCGCAUCGCUCCCGCCUGCGGACCUCGUCCCGCUGCUCGCACAGCUGCUGGCGGCGAUGCAGCUCCCCGGUGAGACGGAGCUGCCGAAGCUGGCGCUGCAGCUCACGACAGCCAUCACCGCCGCGGGGUGGAAGUCGGCGGCGGACGCGAGCCACGCGGGCAAAGACGCCCCCAAUAACCACAACCGUAAUAGCAGUAAUAACACUAAUAACUCCGCCGCCCAGACCGACGCAGACGCGUACGACGGCGGCGGCGGCGGGGCCUGGAUCUCUUUCGUGUUGGGCGAUGUUGUGCCGGCGCUCCUGCAGCGCUUUCUGCUGCCCGGCUUUGACGUGAGGGACGCGAAGAACUUUCUGCUGAUUGGCGAGGCCGGGCUUCUGCUGAAGGCGCUGAUGAACCGCCUAGGACCGGGCGACCCCUCUCUCUGCGUACUUCUCUACAAUGUGCUACAGCCGUUGGUGGGGGAGGAGGAGGUUGCCGGGCUUGUCACGGCGCUCCAGAAGGAACCACGCUUCUCGACCGAGAUGAAGAUGCGUCUUCGCAACUUGUUGCAGGCGGCGCAGGAGCGUCAGGCAGCAGGAAGUGUCUUGACAUAA